AUGGCACCACCCUUUGCUGUUGAACACUAUCCGCGUGGCUUUACCGCGAACCCGACCUUCGAUCUCUCUCGGCCAAGCCAGGACACGGCAGGAGCCAUCGCCUUCAUCACCAUCGCGAGCGCGAUAUUCCUCUUCAUCCUCGUCACCUACAUCCACCAGAAAUGCCGUCGUGGCACGAGGCGCGCCCCCUGCGGCUUCAGCGCUUGGCUCUCGCGAGGGUGGGAUAAGCUACGCGGACGUGGACGCACCGCCGCGAGCCGUCGGGACCCUGAACAUGCCGUCCCUUACGGCGGCCGCUCGAGUCGGCGGCGGCGCCCCGACGGCCACGCCCGACACCAGGCCCAGGAGCAUGAGAUGACAUACACGACCUCCACGCCGCGUCCUGGACAUGCCCGGCAGCAGUGGGAGCACCAGGCGACGAUGCGCGCGGCGCAGAUGCACGCCGCCUACAUGCCGUUCACGCCCUUCCUCGACGCCGGCCCGGCACACGCGUCGUCCAUGUACAGCGAGAUCCCCCGGUACGAGGACCUGCUCUCCGAGGAGGCACCGCAACUGCCCCCGCCCGCGUACGGCAGCUGGGUCCGGCCGUUGCCUCAUUGCGCGCUCGCGCCGCCAGGAGCAUCCUUCUCCACCGCCUCCUCCUCCUCCUCCUAUGGUCAUAACGGGGGAACCUGGCAGUGGUGGCGAAGCAACUACCGCAGGCCCGAGGUCGUCCUCCCAAUCCCCAACUCUCACUACUCGGCCAUGGCGCUCGCCAGCGGCCUGCCGCCAUCCUCCCAGUCGGCGACGAGGCUCUCGCUCGUGGACAGCGACGAUCGGUGGCGCCAGUGGAGGGCGCGGCACACCGAAAGGGCGCGCCGUCGGGAUGCCGAGCGGGUGGCGGCGUACAGACGCAGACUGUUGGGCGCGGCGGCGGACGGCGAGAAUGACAGGUAUCGCGCCGCCGCCAUCAUGUUCUACUGA